AUGGAAUUCAAUGAUCCAUCAAUUUUAACAGCUGUUAGAUCGAGCGAAAGAAAUUCAAAUUCAAAUUCAACUAAUAAUGGCCGCCAAACAAGCCAAACUGCUACAGCAGAUCAUAUUAAUAAGUUUUUCCAAGAUUUAAAGAGAAAACAUGAAAAAAAGACCAAUGAAGACUCGAAGAAUUCAACGAAUAAUGAUUAUGAUAAUGACGACUUCUCUAAUUCUAAUGCUAAUAGCUUAAGUAAACUUUUGAAAAACAAAAAUUCUGCUGAUAGAAAUACUAGCUUUGAUACUCCAAAAAGCACCUUCGGCAAUGAUAUCAGCAAUGAUACUAGUGACAAGCAACCUUUUACCUUAGAUUUUAAACCAGUUGCUGAAAAGAAAUCUCAUGUGUAUAGCGUUAAUGAACUCCUAGCCAUAUCAGAAGAUUUAGACAAAGAUUUGAUAGAUGGUAUUGUAUCCAAAUUGCCAAAUAAAAAGUUCUGGAGAUUACAAAGAAAAUACCCUGACCAUAAUAAUAAUAAUUCUAAUAAUAAUAAUUCGACUAAUUCGGGAAAAUCCUCAGGUUACAGAAGCCAAUUGAGCAAUAACUCGAAUAGCACCUCUAAUAAUGGGCCUAAUAUUAAUUCUCUUGGUAAUGCUUACUCAAAUGAUCAAGAUAUGCAUGGAAGAAGAAAUAGUAGGUCAAAAAAUACUAGACUACCUCGCUCUAAGAGAGGUGGGUUAAAUAAGUUCGGUAAAGAAAGAAAUUAUAAUGAAGAUAAACAUAAUAACGAAAUGAAUACUGAUGAUUUAAUGGAAUUAGAAAAGGAAUUUGAGCCAACAGGUAAUUCAAUGGCUGACUUUGAAAUGUGGAAAGCAAAAAUGAAAGAAACGGAAAAUAGAAAAAAGGGUAUUUCUAGCACUACUUCUUCCUCUGUAUCAUCCACAAUAAUUAAUUCUUCCAUUUCACAAAAGGAUGAUUUAGGGAAUACCAGCUCAUCUGUCGAUAGACCAAAUCUCACUGGAAGAACUACAAGUUCUAUUUCAGAUUUUUUAAAGAUGAACACAGAAAAAGAAUCUAAAACUAAAAGUGAUUCAGCUGAUGAGUCUAAGACAGAACCGUUAGGAUCUAGCUCAUUAAGUAACAAUGAGUCAAAAAAGACAAGGUCGAAUUUUGUUAAAAAUGAUGUGGAAGAAGGUGCAGUUGGUACAAGUUCAUCAAGAUUUUCAUCAUUUUUUACAAAUUCUAGUCUUUCUACUUCUGGUAAUUCUCCUUCAAAAUCAAAUAUCCCAAUAAACGAGCAAGCUAAUCAAGAGAGAUCUGUAUCAAACUACAAUAGCAACAGAUUGGCUCAACCUGCUGAAAGUGUUCAAACACUACAGUCCGGUUCAAAAUUAAUGUCUUUUUUCAAAACAGAUUCUCGUUCAAGUACACCACAAACGCCAGGUACUCCACUCUCGAACACACCAAUUGCUAGAACAGAAAAUAUAACACCAUUUAUGCAAGGGCCAACAAGUAUUCCACAAAUGCAACAUCAAUUACCUCAACAGCAGCAACAGCAUCAACAACAACAGCAACAAAUACCACAUGCUCAACAAUGUAUGCAACAAAUACCACCACAGAUGCAACAGCAACUACAACAGCAAAUGCGCCAACAGCAGCAUCCCCCAUUUAUGCAACAUACAAUGGGCCAGGUACCUAACAAUAAUGCAUUUUUCCAAAACCUGUUGAAUAAAGGUAAGGACAAGGAUGGUAACGAUACUCCAAUGGCUCCUCCACCGGGCUUAAUACCUCCACUACAAAAUGGCAAACAACAAUUUCCUCCAAAUAUCUCAGUACCACCAGGAUUUCCAAUGCCAAUGCCACCGCAAAUGAUGCACCCUCAAGCUUUUAUGGGAUUCCAAGGACAGCCUCAACUGCAAAGCAACAUGCUGAUGAAUAGCAGUAUGCCAAAUAUUUCCAAUAAUAAAGAUUCCAAUAAGAGUAAGGGCAAAAAAUUUACUAAUAAUGAGGGGAUUCAAGAAAAGAAAAACAGUCAAAAUAUUCUACGUCAAAACUCUAAUUCUACUAUUCCAGAUAAUGGUUCUAACAGUGCCGGUAACACAAUUCCGCCACAAUUCAUGCCAGGCAUGUUACCCCCUGGUUUUCCACCAAUGCAAGGUAUGCCACCUAAUAAUAUGAUGCCACCACAGAUGGUUGGUAAUCAACCAUUUUUCCCUGGUAUUCCACCUCCAAAUAUGCAACAAGGUGGAAAUAGAUAUCCUCCACAAGUUCCAACACCAAUUGAAAAUAUUGAGCAGAAAUCUAAAAAAUAG